UAAGGCUCUGUGUAAGGACGGCAGUAUAGCAGCGGUGGUGGAACGGUAAAGAACGAUCUGAUAUUUUUCGAUCGCGGUGCUCAAAAGUGCAUCACAGUUGAAGUCUUGGUGUGAAACAGUUGUUAUUUGCGAAACAUAUUGUGAUAAUUAAGCGAAUUUUCAUAGAUUGGUAUAACUAUGGUGAUGGAAAAGACCAAACGAACCUUUUGCGUGAUCGGAGCGGGCACCGCUGGGCUUUGUGCUGCGCGGCAUGCAUUGCAAGCAGGUGGAAUUGUUACCGUGUUUGAGAUGGGUAAACAGCUCGGCGGAACAUGGGUGUUUAAUGAGGCAACGGGCAAAAACGAAUAUGGUAUCGACGUGCACUCGAGUAUGUACAAAGGAUUGAAAACUAAUCUACCGAAGGAGAUCAUGGGCUAUCCGGACUUUCCCAUACCGGAACAAGAAAGUUCUUACAUCCCGGCGGAGGAUAUGUUAACCUUCUUUCAGCAAUUUGCCGAAGCGUAUGGAAUUUUGGAGCACAUUCGCUUCAGCCACUACGUAGUACGGGUGAAGCCGACGAUUGAUGAGAAAGGAUGGGAAGUGAUUGUACGCGACUGUCCGAACGAUCAGCUGCUGACGCUUACGUUCGAUUACGUGCUCGUGUGUAAUGGACACUACCAUGCGCCUAAUUUACCAAAGUAUCCCGGCAUGAGCGUAUUCCGGGGCAAACAGAUGCACAGUCACGAUUAUCGCAGCAACGAACCGUUUGAAGGUGAAACAGUUCUCGUUAUCGGAGCGGGCCCGUCAGGAAUGGAUAUGGCAUACGAGAUCUCUAAGAAAGCGAUCCGUGUUACUUUGAGCCACCAUUUGAAGGAUAAGCCCCAAACGGUGUUUCCGAGCAAUGUGACAUUGAAACCGGACGUAACACGGCUUACCGAAACCGGCGUUGAAUAUGCUGACGGUACAAGUGAAGACUUUAGUGUCAUCUGCUACAGCACCGGUUACAAGUACACCUUCCCAUUCUUAAGCGUCGAUUGUGGCAUAACGGUUGAGGAAAACUACGUGCAGCCGCUGUACAAGCACUGCAUUAACAUCCGCUAUCCUACGAUGGCAUUCAUUGGACUUCCAUUCUACGUGUGCGCGGCGCAGAUGAUGGACUUGCAGGCACGGUUUUGUCUUAAAUUUUUCAGCGGUGCCAAAACUCUGCCCACCCAGGAGGAGAUGAGUGCCGAUACAGCUGCUGAGAUGGAAGAACGUUGGAAGCGCGGUUUGAAGAAACGGCAAGCACAUAUGAUGGGCCCGGUAGAGGAUCGUUACUACGAUGAUCUAGCACAGACUGCUGAAAUCGACCCGAUCAAGCCAGUGAUCAAGAAGCUCCAUAAGAUCAGUGCGAUGCGUUACUCGGAAGAUUUGGUGAAUUUCCGAAACGAUAAAUUUCGGUUAGUAGACGAUGAAACGUUUGUGAAGGUUAACUAAAGUGGCUGGUGGG